AAUGCCUAUAUGAUAUUCCUAUAUACAAUGUAACGGAGGGUGAGGUCCUCUAUGGCGUGGAACAUGGACUAUCAACAUCAUUACCUACCAUCACCUGUUGCAUUUUAAGCCACAGUUCCGUCCCAUCAUCAAGACCUUUCUGGUUCUUUCAGAAUUCUCCAGUAGCCAGUAACCAGCAUCUCGGUGUUAUACAUCAUGUAAUUUGGUGGACUACCAUAGGCAGAGGUAAUUCGUGGAAUUACCGCACCAUCGCUUGGCCACGUACUCUAUCCAAGGACAUAGCCGGUUUUUAUAAAUGCAAUCGCGAGAGAGAUUCAUAUUUCUUCAGGGGCUUCAGCCUAGUCGUGGGGGCAAAACCCAAAAUCACUUUCAUCAGCAAAUCAAUGUCAGUGGUAGCAUCAUCCUGGAAGCUGGGUUCUCUAGCAUUUUACUGCAACGCAUCCGGUGACGAACUGAAGUAUUCCUGGACGAAGGAUGGAGUGCCGCUUGGUGGAACAUUGGGUGCAGAUGGUUGGACACAUUCGUUUCCUGGUGCAGUGACAGCAGCAGAUGCUGGCGUAUACAACUGCUCUGCUUCAAGUCGCUAUGGUCAUGAUUGGAAACAACUUCAUCUACGUGUUCUUGAUAUUCCAAGAUUUUGGCUCAACCCAGUGCCUGCUAUAAUUAUGCCACACUUUCUUCUAGCAAGGUUGGUUGGUCUUCGUCUAGUCCCACCAUCAUCAACUGGCAAUUCACCAAUAACAAGUUAUGAAGUCACUUGUAGACCUGAUGUGGAGUACAGAUCAUAUGUGAAGGACACUGUACAGAGGUUUUCAGUGACCAGUGUCACUGUUACUGGUCUUCAACCAGCCACCAAGUACAGUUGCUGGUAUCGUGCAGAGAAUGCAGUUGGUAUCAGCUUUCCGAGUCCACUUCUCAAGCUCCAAACUCUGGAAUCACCUCCUGCAAAGCCAGAACAUCUGUCCGUAGUGUCGUCUUCAGCAGGACACGUCGCAGUUUUCUUCAAGCCAAUGUCACCAGCACUUUCCCAUGGAGUACUCACUGGAUAUCAAAUUACUUUCAAUGCCACUGAAUGUGCUACACAUCAGGACUGUCCAUGUCAGCAAUACAACUGCUCUCUACGUGGAUCUGUCUCCUUUCAUGAAAGCUGGUUCAGCAACUCAAUCUCCUUGUCUGGUCUGAGAUACCUCACAACAUACCGAAUUUCAGUUGCAGCUAUCAAUAGAGCUGGUGUUGGACAGAAGGCUUGGAUCAACUUCACACCUGAAGAAAUCACACCGGGUCCUGUAAUGCACAUGGUUGCCAUUGCAAUGUCCAGCUCUGAAGUGCAGACAAAAUGGGAAGCACCUGACACAUCUAGUG